AUGCCUAAGCAAAAGCAAGCAAAAAUGAGAGUAACUGGUAUCUCGAAGGAUUAUAAAUACAAAAACUGGUUGAACUCUACUUUAAAUGUCACUGAGCCAAGCAUAGACUAUUUUAAAUUUGCCGAUGCUUUUGAUGGCUCUCAGAGUGCUACAAACUAUCAUUAUUCCGACCUCUUAAGAAAGCUAUCAACAGGCCAAAGCAACAAAUUAACAAAGAUUGCUACAUUGGCAAAUAGUCUGUAUGACACACGAAAUAACCAUGAUACAGUCUUCUCAAGAAGCUAUAAGCAGUAUUGGGAGGUCAGAAACGACAGUGACAGUUUAGAGAAAACGCUGCGCAAAGAAAACCAAGAGACCAUAGUACAAUUAAAUAAACUUACAAAUAAUAAUAUACGACGCCUUGCCAAAAAGGCUCACAUUGCUGACGAAACACCUGAAAGCAUAGAAACUGUGGGAAAAGUAAAAGAUUUAGAAGAUAGCACAGACGAAAGUGAUAAAACCUGUGAUAUAAAUACAGUUUUAUCACAAACUGCCAACCUUGCAUCCGAUGAAGUUGGCAAAUUGAAUAUAAUUGACUUGUCUUCACUAACAACCUUGGAUAUACUAGAAGCAGAGACUUCUAAAGAGCGUCUGGAUGUCAUAAUCGAAGCAACUAAAACCAAAGCAGUCCAAUUGUCUCUUUAUGCCAAAAAUUUAAUUACAGAGCUUUGUGAAACUACAUGGUCCGUUCAAGCCUUACGAAAGACCUUACACCAGACCGUAUUUCACGAAGACUUUGACCUAAUAGCUCACAGCGACUUUGGGUUUAUAGAAGUGACAACGCGUUAUUUCUUGGAUAUCAUGAGCUCACCUCAAAACCCGUUCAAUAAUGUUAUGCUUGAGAGGACAGCUGCAAGCUACCUAAUUAUAUAUAUAGUAAACCAGCUGUUCCUCUCGAAUAACGAUGUCAUCGAACUCGGAUGGCUGGAAAGAGAGUUUUAUUUGACCGAUAGAACUAAAUUUGACGGGAUUUUAUUCAAAGUUGGAAACAAGACGAUCUGCCCUGCACUCGUUGAAUUCUCUGGGGGAAUUAAUGAUCAUACGUCUCUCCACAAAAAUUCGAAUGAUAUUAAAAAAUUAUACUUCAAUAUGGCGAAAAUCAUGACGGAAACGAAAACUGAAUCACUGUUCUGCAUUCGAUUUUACGGGCACACAAUCUUCUUUGAAAAACUUGUAAAAUAUGAAGAUAAUAUGUACAGAGUAGUAGAUGCUACUAUAGAAGUCCCAAACACUCCAAGAAAGUUGGUUGCUUUUAUCAAAAAGAUUCCGUUAAUAGUUGCUUGGAAACAAGCUGUAAUUGAUUAUGUUAUUGACUAG